AUGUCUGCCGCGGCACGCCAGCGCCUCCAGGCUCUCAGCAAGCAGCUAGUAGAGGGCAUUCCGGACGAGGGCACAUUUGAAGAUAUCCCCAAGAUUCGACAUGUUGCUGGUGAUUCGGUAGGUCCUCGGACAAAGGACAAAGUAGUCAUCGUGACAGGAGCAAACUCUCCGACCGGAAUUGGUCGUGCCAGUGCCCAUCAAUUCGCCCACAAUGGCGCCAAAGCAGUCUACAUCUGCGAUUUCGCCGACUCACACCUGGCUACCCACAAGCGGGAGAUGGAAUCACUCUAUCCAGGAGUCGAUAUACAUACGCGCCAAUUCGACGCGGGCGACGAAAAGGCAGUGGCGGGCGUGAUUGACGAGGCAGUUGCGAAGUAUGGACGCCUGGAUAUCUUCUUUGCCAACGCCGGGGUGGUGGGCCAACCGAAGAUUUUCACCGACAUCGGGGGCGAAGACUUCAUGAAGACGAUGAAGACAAAUGCGCUUGGCGUCUUUCUGGCUGCAAAGUACGCAGCGCCAGCGAUGAAAGUGACCUCAGCCGAGAAGCCCUACCCCGGUGGCUCAAUCAUCGCCACAGCCUCGGUAGCAGGUCUCCGAUCGAAUGCUGGGUCAACAGACUAUUCUGCUUCCAAGGCAGCGGUGGUCUCUAUUGCACAGACGGUUUCUUACCAGCUCGCUGGUAGUGGCAUCCGGAUCAAUGCGAUCUGCCCAGGACUGAUUGAGACAGGCAUGACCCAGGUCACCUUUGACCGCGCCCGGGAACGUGGUACCGAGCGCAAGAUUGGCCAGUUGAAUCCUACGCAACGUGGCGCGGUCGCGGAUGAGGUGGCUCGAGUGGCACUGUUUUUGGGCAGCGAUGAAAGCAGCUACGUUAAUGGCCAGGCGUGGGCAGUGUGUGGUGGACUUAGCGCGGGCCACCCGAUGGUCCCUGGGAAGCUGGCGUAA